AGAGACUUUGCUCCUGCCCUUCAAUCAUGUGUAUCCUUUGAGCACUGUCAGUGAAACUUGCGAGUGGCUGAGUCCAGCUCACGGGCCAUAACUCUGCUUGUGCACGUAUUUUCAUAGGUCCCGAAUAUCUCGAGUGCAAGAGUGCAGGCGCUGUUGCAAUCAGCUCUUCUCGCUCGACGUGGUUCACAGACCGGUGGAGAAGAUGGAGAGCUCUAGAAACGAGAACGAUGCAUCUCGGAUUCUGGAUGUGUGGAUGGUGCCUCUGCCUUUCUUCAGUCACGUUGUGUGUUUUUCGCACUUCGCCCAAAAGCUUGCGAGACAGGGUCUCAGAGUAACUUUCUUUGCGAACAACGAUGACAUAAAUCGUCUGAAAUCAUCUCCCAACCGGAGCUGGAAACUAGACGGUCUGGACAUCCACUUCCGGGCCCUGGACAUGCAAGCAGCUGCUCUGGCUGAUGGUGUUGGUGGAUGUGAGAGAUUUGUAGGCCCAUUUGAACAGGCAGAGGGAGCAUUUGCGGCGAUCCUGAGGAACGAGCUGGAAGGAGGAUCAAAGCCCGAUUACGUGAUUGCGGACUAUUUUGUGUUACAUGGAAUCACGGAGACGACCAAUCUUUACAAAAUUCCAGCAUGUGUCUAUUUUACGUGCUCAUCUGGUUAUCUGGCAGGCUCCGCAUACAUAAACGAGCUCAUACUAGAAGGGCUAUUCAACAUUCCUGGUAGUUACAUGGAUCCUAAAGCAUUGAGGGAGGUGAUCAGCGUUCCAGGUCAGCCGCUUAUGAAACUUUUCGAACUAGGCGAUGAGAAUUAUGUGGAUGCUCCACUGUAUCAUCGGCGAGUUAAAAAUUUAGACGCUCUGAUAAAGCUUGAUGUUGUUCUUCUAAGCUGCUUUGAAGAGCUGGAAGAACAAUCUCUGCAAGGACUCGCAAGUGUUCUAAAUGCGUGUGCUGCGAAGAAGGGCAGAAAGAUGCCACAUAUCUGGCCGGUCGGACCAGCAUUCUCCUUCAUAUCAGUCGGCAAUUCCCGAGAAUCUCAGCAAGACGAUCAUCCUUGUUUGAAAUUCCUCGACAAGCAUCCUCCAUCGUCGGUCGUCUAUGUUGCGUUUGGGAACGAUGUCAACCUCCCGCUAGAGCAAAUUCAUGAGCUCAUUUACGGAUUGGAGAGUAGCCAGCAACCAUUUUUGUGCGCUCUACAGCCUCCGAGUAAUGAGUCAAACCCGGACCAACUGCAAGAAAUCGAGUCAAUUUUACCUGCGGAAUUUCUCGCACGUACCGCAGGCAGAGGCAUGUUUGUGAAAUGGGCACCUCAGAUCGAAGUUCUAUCUCAUCCGUCAACAGGAGGCUUCAUUACACACUGUGGCCAAAAUUCUGUGCUUGAAAGCGUUUCCAAAGGAGUGCCCAUUCUGGCGUGGCCCUUUCUAUACGACCAAUUUCAAAACGCGAGGUACUUGGUUGACGGGGCACGAAUUGCAGUGGAAGUGUGCCCAGGUGUGAUACCAGGCCAACUCGUGGACAGAAAGCAAUUGGAGAGCAGUAUUAACACCCUGUUUCGUACCGACGAAGGUGCAGCUCUGAGAAAGAGAGCUCUGCAGAUGAAGCUGAAAGCCGAAGAAACCGUGGGACCCAAUGGGUCUUCAACGAAGAACAUGCAGGCGUUCCUCCAGGUGAUCAGAGCAGGGGCUUCGUCGAAAAUUGAACUAUCCAAUCUUCAACUCAAGUAGAGCGUUCGUCUCUACAAACGCGUGUCAAGCACGCUUGGGAAUCAGGGAAUUCUAUCACGUUGCGAUUUGUCGCCUUAUCGUAAACUGUGGAUAGAUAUGGAGCGACGGAGUGGGAUCCAGAGGAACAAACUUUGAAAGUCCGAUUAAAGGGCUGCAAGAGUCCGUCAGGUCGUGUCGGUAACUCUGGCCGGGCAGGCCUCAGUAGCAUGAGAAUUGGACAUUUGAGUUACUGCACGGGACUAAUCACGUUUCAAGGUCUAGAUAGUACAUAGCCUCCGACGAAGCAUCACGCAACGAUAGCGUACGAAGAAGCCUCACGCAAGGAUCUCAUAUAGGUCUCAUAGGAGUAGAGUCAGUAGUCACCACGUAUUGUACAGCUGAGAUACACAUUGUCAAUAUGAAAGCAUAUUUCAUGGGCUUAGUCAGGAACUGCAAAUCAUACAACCUGCUUUGGACGUUUUAUCAAAACCA